AUGCUUCUUUCAGAAUUUCAAGCUGCAAAAGUUGAUAAAACAACUAAUAACAUUAUAGUAAACGUAAAAGUUCAUAAAACUAAGCGAAAAUACGGUUCAGCACAAGUCGUCCUUACACCUGAUAUGAAUACUCAAAUGAGAUGUUAUGUAGAUGUCUUUAGGGAUAAAGUUGCCCGAAUGAAUGAAAAAGAUCCAUUAGAUCCAGGCAGCUGUUUAUUUGUUACAUGGUCUUUCAAGUCACUAAAUGGAUUUUCAACACAACUUGAUUCUUUUUGGAAAAAAGCCACAAAAUCAAAUAGACAAUGUCCAGUUUCAGCAACCUUAAUUAGAAAAAGUAUCACAACCACUUUCUAUGCUUCAGAAGAAAUAAAUGAUAGUAUUAAGGAUAGGCUGGCGAACCAUAUGAAACAUAAAAGAGAAACAGCUUCUCGCAAUUAUAAUUUAUACAAAACAAUGACUAAUGCUGCUGAGCUUACAAAUCAAAUUGAAAAUAAACUUUUAAAAACCAGCAUUAUAAAUUCUGAAAACUUUUCAAAUAAUUUUACAUCUGAAAAUCUUUCAGAUAAUAUAAAGUUGCCAACAGAGUGCAUCAGUGAUGAAAGUACCUCGAAACGUGGAUGGAAUGGUGAUGAAAUUUUAGAAGUUAAACGCUUAUUUCAACAUCAUGAUUUUCAAGGAUGUUACAUUCCCUAUAUUCGGGAAAAAAUUAAAGAUAAUUUAAUUCUAAAAAGAAAAAGCCCAAAGGCCAUCUACGACAAACUUUUGUCGAUAACAAAGUCUGCAAAUACUUCUGAGAAAAAGAAUCGAGGUGAAAAAAUGGAUGCACAAGACAAACGUUUUUUAAUGGUAAUUUUUAAAAAAGAGAUUAUGCGAGACAUUUCUACUUCUGAAAAUUCGGUUAACGAAAAGUUAAUGCGUACCACUCAUGGUAAAGAGUUGCUAAACAAAUACGGAUUGCAUAAAAUAAUUAAUAAAAUCCGUUAUGAAAAAAACGCAUUGAAGCAAUCACUUUAGUUAUUGAUAUUUAGAAUGAUUAUGUAUAGUUAUAGUUUUUUGAUGCAUUACAUUAAAAUGUCAGUAA